CUACUAUGCAGAGUAUUUGUCGUAAUUGCUCUUUAAUAAAUACAUAAUUUUACUUUCAGUUAGGCAAUCCCGAAAAGAUUGUAUAAGUAUCCAUAAUUUACGAUUUACGUGUUUAUAUCGUAGCAAGGUCCUUGAAUUUGUACAACGUUUAUCCGCUAACCUAAAAAUGGCAGCGGUACACAGAUUCGCCCGGUUCACAGAAAGGGCGAAAUUUUUGAGUAAGUGUUACUUUAUCAAUCAGAAUGGCACCCAAGGGUCAUUUUGCACGAUGGUGCAGCAGCCGCAGAGGAUGCGGUCAGGUCUGGUGAAAUUUGCUCUGAUCGGCGCAGUGACCGGCACCGCAGUGGGUGCGGGUUAUGCUUAUCGCAGGAUCAAGGAGACUCGGAAGAACAUCGCCCUGGAGGGAACGCAAUUGGAGACUGCAUUACUCAAGCACAAGCCGCCUAUCACUCCGUCCCGGAAGAUUACAUCCCCGGUGGAUUCCACAGGUUUAAAACUUACGUUAUUCCAGUAUCAGACGUGCCCCUUUUGCUGUAAGGUCAGAGUAUUCUUGGAUUAUUAUGGGAUAUCUUAUGACAUUGUGGAGGUAGACCCAGUGCUUCGUAAAGAAAUUGGAUGGUCCUCGUACAAAAAAGUUCCAAUCCUCUUGACCAAAGUGGAUGGAGGUUAUCAGCCCUUAAAUGACAGCACCAUGAUAGUAUCGCUUCUUGCCUCCUACUUUUACAACACAUCUCACAAAAUCGAAGAACUGGCCAAUUAUUAUCCGAGUAUAGGCAUGCAUGAAGAAAAUGGCAAAUUUAAAUAUGAGAUUAUAAACAAGUAUUUUCUCAUGUUCAAUAAGCAGCUUCCAAAGGAUAGAUCGAUGAACGAUAUUACCGAGGAACGUAACUGGAGGAAGUGGGCAGACGAGGUGUUCAUUCACACUCUUUCGCCAAAUGUCUACAGAACAAUCAAUGAAUCCUAUAAGACGUUCAAUUGGUUCUCAGAAGUUGGCAAAUGGGAGGAGUAUUUUCCAUCGUGGGAGCGAUUACUGAUAGUAAACGUGGGUGCGAUGGCAAUGUGGUUGAUAGGAAAGAAACUUAAAAAGAGGCAUCGUCUAAAAGACGAUGUGCGACAGUCGUUAUACGACGAGGCAAAUUACUGGCUGCGCGGUAUCAAGGCACGUGGCACUACAUUCAUGGGCGGUAGCAAGCCCGAUUUGUCCGAUCUCGCGGUGUACGGAAUUUUGAAGAGUAUCGAAGGCUGUGAUGCUUUCCAAGACUUGCUGACCCAUACAAAGAUUGGCAUUUGGUACAAUGCUGUCAGAGAGCAAGUUGAUGCACAUUCUGGUAACGCGAGUUUGAGUAGAUAAUAUAUUGUUCUCCCAUAUGUAUAGAAUUAUUUAUUUACAUAAUAAAUCGUACUUAUGAAUAUUA